AUUUCCCAUAACGGCAUCUUACUUUAAUACGUUUAGUUUGUAAUUUAAAUAAUGCAAAAUGCUCUCCAACGCAGGGAUUUCUGUCAUAUGACAAAAUGGAAUGGUCUGCAAAUAUGUGAACUGGGUAAAUCGCAAAACAAUGCCGUUGGGGUAGAAAUAAAUAUAAAAGGUACUGUGAAUGCGAACCCAGUCAUGAUUUGCAUUUUCAUAACAAGAAAGAAAUGAGAUAAGGUGCCGAGGCAUAGACCAGUGUGUUAGUAAGGUGAAAGCCGGCGUAUUACCUCGGCCUUUUUACUUUUCUAGUAUUUCAUAAAGUUUUUUAACCGAGGAAGAUUAUACAGGCUGGGAGGAACCUUUUACAAGAUAGAAGUUAGUAAAUUAAUGCUUAUCUUUAUAUAUCGUCGAUUGAUAUUAAAUGGCUACACCCCAAGAACAGUUCAAACCAAUAAAAGAACUUCUACAAGUUAACAAAGAAAGCCAGUUGGGGGCGGAUGCGAAUGGCGAUUCCUUUCGGUGUUUAAAGAUAGAUGGUGCCAUCUACGACCCAUUCUUCAGAUGUAAUUUACACAAAGAUGCCGAUGUGUUCAAAGUAAGAGAUGAUGACAUCUGGAUCGUAGGUUAUCCCCGUUCAGGGUCCCAUUGGCUUUGGGAGAUCGUCUAUCUUCUAGUGAACAAAGGAGUUCCUCCAACAAAUUCUAUCGCAAAAGAGUUAUUUCUUUGGGAACUGAACAAGAAGGAUUAUUUUGAUGUCAUCAGUACAGAAGAGAGGCGUAUAUUCAACAGUCACAUGCACAGCCAGUUCAUACCAAGGGAAGUAUUCACGACGAAGUGUAAAAUUCUUUACUUGGUACGUGAUCCCAGGGACGUAGCUGUAUCUUGGUUCCCGUUUUUGAAGCGGCUGCCUGAGUACGAAUACAAUGGAGAAUGGUCGGGAUUCUUUCCCUCUUUUCUUGAUGGCAAUGUUAUACGUGGGUCUUGGUUUGAGCAUGUGGACGGCUGGUUGAAACAGGCCAAAUAUUUAGAAAAUAAAAUAAUGGUUGUAAAAUACGAGGAUCUGCACAAGGAUACAUUGGGAAAAAUACGAGAGAUUGAAAGUUUUAUAAUGCCCGAUUCAAAUUGCAAUGAACUACGGUCUUUAGUCAAAAGUUUGACAUCAUUGGACAAUAUGAAAGACAAGAACGCAGCCUAUGGUGUCAAUUAUAAAGCCAAUGCUGAUGGUAAUACAAUAGAUAAAGGUAUUAUAGGGAGAUGGAAGGAGCGGUUGACAACUUCACAGAAUACACUAAUUUCAAAAAUAUACAAACAAAACAUGACAUUAUUUGACGACAUGUUUGGAUUGAACUAUUGCCAAUGAUUUUCGGGGAAAAUACAGUCUAGUGAUUUCUUAUAGAAUACACUGAUGUCAUAGCUAGAGGCCACCGUGAGAAAUCAUGGCCUUGAAUUAGUUUCUCUCUAGUAACGACAAAAACUCCAUAUCCAGAAAAUUUGAUUUUGUAAAGUUGUAAGAGGAUUCUGUGAUCAAUAAUGAUAUCUAUUUCCAUCAUCCAGUGUGUCUCAAAAAACGCAACAGACAAAAAUUGUAAUGCCACAAAACCAGUGAUUAUUACAUCAAAAAUUUACUAUGGAUAUACUUAAGAAACACAUUCAGUAAUUUGGGGAUAAUCACAAAACUAUUCCCUCGCUUAGAAACGAAGACAGUUUCUCAGAGAAACAGAAACGAAGACAGUACAUGGGUUUCUAAAGCAUGACUUGAAGACAGCCCAUUUUAAUGAUAUCUGAUGAUGUACAUUUAAGGAAUGAAUAGUCAGUGGUCCUUGGUCACAUAUGAAUAAAUGACAUGAUAUUGUCAUUAUAAAGAGGAGACACGUGCGUGGCUUCAUG